UGACCCCUUAAUCUAUUCUUACAUUGUGCCUAAAUGUUGUGUGUUUUUGUCCAAAUCUAUGUACAAUGAACCGCCUUGGGUGUUUAUGGGGUGUGGCUCAAUCUCUAGUUCGUGAGUUUGAAAUUUUAAGUAAGGUACUGAAUGUACUGAUUGCCCUUAAUUGAACUGUCUGUGAUGAGCCGAUCCCCUUUGAUAAGUGCUUGGUUAAUCACCCAAGAAGCUUUGAAAAUGUCAAUCGCAAUGCCCUUGCAAUGCAAAGAUAAGGAUUCGGCUGUAGUAUGGAACAAUUUUUAUAAUGACUCAACAUUUUAGGGCACGCAAACUCAUUAAUUUUAUUAAGAAAGCCAAAUACAAAGAAGGAGUUUCAUCCCAAGUGAAUUUUUUUUUAGAUUUGAACUAUUUUAAAUAUAAACUAAAAAUAAUAAAAAUCAUACAAUAUGACAACACAUUAAAAGUCACAUAAAAACUUUCAAAACAAAACGCAAAAAAAAAACAGGAAAAAAAUAAAAUCUUUAAAAAAAGAAGCACACACUACAAGAAUUCACUGGUAUCACAAGAUGGAUGACGAGGAGGACUUUAAUUACCUGCCGCGGCAAAAUACCAACAGUUUGAGCGUUCCAAAUGAGCCGGCCAUGCUGGCCGUAUACGAGGUUUACAAGUCACCUCUGCCCGCCAAUCGGCACUUGCUUUCCGAGCACAACCGGGUGACCUUCGCAGAGGCAUUAAAUGACCCCAAUCAGCUGGCCACUUUGGCGGAGCUGUGCGUCCGGGAGUUGGCUGGGCUGGGAAAAGCUUACGAGCCUGUUGCUGCUGUGCGCGAUGAUCCCUUGAUGAUGCGCAUUCACUACGAUUCGCUGGAUGUUAAUCUUCCACUGCGUGAGUGCUACUACGUGGAGGAUGCGAGCUUCUGGAGGCGCGUAGUCCUGGCCAAGACCUCGGACACUUGCCUCUCGCUGAAGCGACUGCAUGAUUUCGAUUGGCGUGGCAAGGGCCUGAGCCUUAAGUACGUGGAACUGGUGGAAGCCUGUCCGGCUGCUCUCUGGCCAGACCAAGAGAUGUCCCAGCUGGCCGAGUUGAUACACGAUCAAGUGCGCUCGAUGGACAUUCGGCAUUUGCAAUCGCUGACGGAGUUUGCCUUCCGGCGCAGGGCACAAGACUCGGACGACACGCAGCCGGAUAUCACCUCAGAGGAGUCGGCGGGCAUGGAAAUCUCCAGCGAUGAACCCAUGACCCCGGAGGAUGGUGGCGAAGAGGGGGUGGAAGAGGAGGAGGAGCCGGAGACAACCCAUUCGUCAAAGAAAAAGGUUAUAGGCUUUUCCACCAAAUGGUAUGUGGAGAACUCCGACGAGGAAGACAACAGCUCCGAAAAUGAACGACGAAAGCGUCGAAAAGAUAGGAAUACCGCUCGUCAGAAGUUAAGGGAUCUGAAGGCCACCAAGGAAGCGGAGCAUGAGCAGCGCAAGCGUCGUCGUGCCGAGAUGCGGAUACCCAAAGAACCAGAGCCACUGCAGAAAAGAAAGCGUAAGCAACGUAUUGAAGGCGUCUUCGACAUUCAAGUUCAACCUGAGCCAGAUGAUGGCGAACUCAAAAUAAUGGACAAGCGCAACAAGCUAAAGUAUCUUAAGCAGCUGCAGCAAUUGGAAUAUCCGGAGGAUGAUUGCUUUCACAUUGAUCUCUCCUUUGUGCGGCACUUUGUUAACUUGGUCUCACUAAAUCUGGAGUUCCUGGGUCCGGCAAUGGGCAGGGAAUACCACAAACGGCACGUGCUCUUCUCGGUCAAGGAUAUGGUUCAUCUGUCCAGGGGAUUGGUGUUCCUGAAGCAGCUUCAGACCUUUCGUCUGCGCAAUAGUAGGCUUAAUAACUUCAAACUAUAUCCCUUGUGCCGGGCACUGCGUUCACUGCCAUUACUCGAGGUGGUGGACUUUGGCUACGACCAGAUGUCAGAUGACUGUGGCCCCGAGCUGGGAAUUCUACUGGAUCGACCGUGCAUGCUAAAGUCCCUCGAACUGGAGUAUAAUCGCCUGGACACAAGGACCAUGGCGGCCAUUGGGGAGGCACUGCAGCGGCCGAGCUUCAAGAGGCUGGAGUAUCUGGGAUUGGCCCACAACAGGAUUAGCAGUGAUGCCCUGAUUACACUGUGCAAUCGAAUCAAGGGCACUGAGCACGUGGAGGAGCUGAAUAUCUCCGGGUUGGAGGCCAAUCCUCGGGUAGUUGUGGAUGAGAUUGGCGAUCUACUGCGUCGGCAUGAUCCGUUGCGUCGCCUGAAAAUGGUAGCCAUUCCACUUGGUUCAAAGCUGGGCAUUAAACUAAUAUGCGCCCUAACCUCCAACAUGAAUGUCACCCACUUUGAUUGCCGCGACUGCGACUUGGACGAGGAUGAGGAAAUGGAUGCAGAUCUGGUAGUCAGAAGGAACACUUUCAUGAACGAAAACAGCUUUAUCAUGGAUACAGAGCGCUUUCCCAGAACCUCCGAUGUGUUGGAGUUUGCCAAGACACUCAAACAUCCGAUGGUGCGGCAGAUCGAGGAGGAUAUGAACUUAAGGGAUGAGUGCUUCAAGCACUAUCCUCCGCCGACGCCAAGUGUCCAUAGCAUGGUGCGACCACAGUCGCUGGUGGUGGUGCCGGAAUCAGAGUACGACAUUUGGCAGGUGCUGGGAAUUAUGCCUAAAAAGGAGACCAAAGACAGCACAGCUCACUAUGAGAACCUGGAGAAAAAAGCGAGCUCAGAGUCGGUAUUAAACAAGGAGCCAUUUGUAUACGAACCCAACGACUUCGACCUGGAACAGUUCCGGGAGCACGUAUAUCAACCGGGACCGGCCAACCGGCACGCCUACCUCGUCAAACAAAGGAACUCGAUUAUGUAACUGGCCUAUUUGGGAAGAUUACUUCAUUCGAAAUUGAAAGUUUUUAUAAUUAUACAAGAAACAAAUAAUACAUCUGUCUAAAAAUGAUAUAAAAACUGUACCUUACAUAAAAACAAUACCUCGUAAAGCAAUGGCAUUUUGAUAUAUAAUCGAUUCGUG